AUGUCGAGUAUUUGCUUAACAUCGUCAUCAUCUUCCUCGAGAUUCUGCAAAACCAGAAUCAACAUUCAAAAUGAACUUCCCUUGUUCUCCUCUUCUGCAAUUUUCUUUCCCCUUCAUCCUCAGUUCCUCGCCUUUUCUUUCUCUCGUCCUUUUCCUCACUAUUUUCAGAAUAUCACUCAAAUUUCAACAUCCCCCUUCUUCUUUCUCUCCCAAAACACCAAGACUAAAACCCCCACUUCCAGUGCCUUAGCCCAUUAUAUAAAUAGGGAUGAAAUCUCGGACCAAGAUUUUCCUGUUAUGACACCACCAUCAUCACCAUCCUGCCAACUUUACGUGUGUAAUCUUCCCAGAAGCUGUGGCAUUUCGGAACUUCUCGAUAUUUUCAAACCUUAUGGCACCGUUCAAUCGGUCGAGGUUUCUAGGAAUUCUGAAACGGGUGUUAGUCGUGGAUGUGGCAAUGUCGCUAUGAGCUCGGUUGAUGAAGCCAAGGCUGCAAUUUCUGCUUUGGAUGCUUCUGAUGUAGGUGAUCGUGAAAUGCGGGUGAUGUUUGCUGAUGAUAUGAACAAGGAACUCCAGUCAUUGGGUUCGGUACCAAGGAAAAAUUUGAUAUUUGAAAGCCCUCACAAAAUUUAUGUGGGAAAUCUUGCUCGGUCUGUCAACCCUUCGGAUUUAAGAAAUCUAUUUAGUCAAUUUGGGACUGUGGUCAGUUCACGAGUAUUACAUGAUCGUAAAUCUGGAAAGAAUCGUGUGUAUGGGUUUGUUUCCGUUUCUUCGUCUGUGGAACUUGAGAAUGCCAUAUCUUUGGAUGGAACAGAUUUUUGUGGGAGGAAGCUACUAGUUAGAGAAGUGUUGAAUUAUAAUAAACCUUGA